AAAUUCCUAAACUAAUCACAAUCAGUAGUCAAAACACUUCAGUCAAGUCACAACGAAAUCAUGUUGAAAUUCGGUUUAGUACUUCUACUGGCCGCUUCGAUCUCGGGCCAGUCGAUCGACACUAAAGAUGGGAAAAUCAAAAUUACCACCGUCACCACUGCUGGCUGCGGUGACACUGUCCACUUCAUCACCCAGCGACUCAACCCAGUGUUCAACGAAUACAAGGACUACCUAGAGCUGGAGUUCAUUCCCUGGGGAAGGACGCGAAGGAACGCUGACGGCAGCCUGACCUGUCAGUUCGGAACCCGGGACUGCUGGGCCAACCGGGUCCACCGCUGCACCCUCAACUUGCUCAAGGGCGACCAGGCCGCUCAAAUGAGCUACAUGAACUGCGAAUUCUCCGACCCUCGUCCCGCUUACCUCCUUGGCUCCUACACUUGCGCUGGAUCCGCUGGAGUCAGCUUGGUGGACUUGGACCGCUGCGUGUCAACCUCAGAAGGGGAUGACCUGGAGUAUGAAGCCCAGGACGCGGCCGCUGCUCCGAUGCAGGCCAUCAACUUUGUGCCAGCGAUUGUAUUCAACGAUGAGAUCAAUUACGACAACCAUUUCCACGCGCGCGGCUUCCUCAGGAGCAUGAUCUGUUUCGCUCUGGAGCGAGACCCCGCUAUCGGUAUCAAGUGUGUAUUGUAAAGUGAUAGAUAAUUGUUUUUAAAUAUGAUAUCAUCUACGUUUUUUACGUCCUUUUCUAAUAAUUUUGACAAUAUAACAAUUGGUUUGGU